ACUGAGGACAGAGAACACCACACACCAGACAAAUGGCACAUCCAUCCAUCCAUCCAUCCAAUCGUUCCGUCCGUGCACCCGACGCCUCCUACCGAAUUUAUCCUCACAGUGACUGUGCUGUACUUCUGACCCCCAUAUUUCGGUGUCAGAGUGCAGCGGACAGCCCUAGUCGCCCUCAGAAUCUCCAGCUCCUGGCGCACCAUGCCAAGCAGCAAAGUAGUCUUGCCGAAGUCUUCGGGGAAGGUCUUGAUCUCUGCCGCCUCGGAUCCCACCAAAUCACACGCGGCGAUGAGCAGCGGCUCAUACCGGAAGUCUGUGCCACUCAUGGUGCUACUGGGCACGUUCAGGAGCCCCAGUGCGACCCUGUUGGCCACGCGCCGCAUCACCUCCUCCCUUCGCGAGGCCCGUUGCUCUUCUGAUGGCGGUGGGCCCUGCAAAUCACUCUCGGACACCUGAUGCACAUAUCAGCAACGGAACGCAUCGCAAUGCGUGUGUGUGUAGGCGCAACGAACGUGUGCUCAUGCAGUGUGCUGACAUUGAUGCCGAAGAAGCGCAU